AUGGCUGCCCAGUCUACCCUGAGACACCGGGAGGAUCCUCUAGUGACGCUGUACAAAUACUACGCUGACUGGGUUCGCUCCCGCUUCAAGCAUUCGUCCAAAACCACCAAACUCAUCGCCACCGUCGCGCUCCUUCUGUCUAUCGUGGGCUCGGGAUAUGGUGGAUAUAAACUGUUCCGGGAAAGGGCAAAGGAAAAUGCUCGAGGAAGGCGAUUGCUGCGCCGGAAUUCCGGCAUCAAGGGCAAGGAUGGAUCCCGGACUAUAUACGUGCCCUACAGGGACUCCAUGACCUCCAAGGUCAAGAUCUACCCUACGAAAAUGACCACUUUCGACGCACAUCGGAGGCUCUUCCUGAACCCGCCGGCCUCGGCGCGCGCGAAUGAUGGCGAAUCAGCUACCCAGAUCCCUCCGCCGACGACGAAGCCGGGGCUGAACUUGGCCUUCCUGCACCAGUUCCUCAGCCUAGGAAGCAUCAUGGUUCCCCGAUGGGGAAGUAAAGAGACCGGUCUGCUGAUGGGUCAUGGUGUUUUCUUGCUGCUCCGGACAUACCUGUCGCUGCUCAUUGCCCGGUUAGAUGGUGAAAUUGUUCGAGAUCUUGUGGCCGGCAAGGGUCGUGCUUUUACUUGGGGAAUCAUCAAAUGGUGUGGUAUCGGAACUCUCGCCUCCUACACGAACGCAAUGAUUAAAUUCCUGCAAUCAAAGGUGUCCAUAGCCUUCCGAACCCGACUUACUCGAUAUAUCCACGAUCUAUAUCUUACCGGCGACAACAAUUAUUACAAACUAAUGAAUCUUGAUGGCGGCAUCGGGCAAGGGGCUGACCAGUUCAUCACACAAGAUCUCACCCUGUUCUGCUCGGCGGCUGCAGCACUCUACUCUUCAAUGGGAAAGCCGCUGGUGGAUCUGUUUGUGUUCAACUAUCAGCUGUACCGCUCCUUGGGACCUCUCGCUCUCGGUGGUAUCCUUACGGGUUACUUCAGUACGGCGAUUGUCCUGCGAAAGCUGUCCCCGCCUUUUGGAAAGCUCAAGGCUGUCGAGGGCAAGAAGGAGGGUGACUUCCGUGGCCUCCAUUCGCGAUUGCUGGCCAAUGCCGAGGAGAUUUCGUUCUACGGCGGCGCCGAAAUUGAACGGGUGUUCCUGACAAAAAGCUUUAAAGAUAUCCAGCGCUGGAUGGAAGGCAUUUACAGUCUCAAGAUUCGCUACAACAUGCUCGAGGAUGUCAUUCUGAAGUACUCGUGGUCCGCAUUUGGCUACCUGAUCACUUCCUUGCCCGUCUUCCUACCAGCCUGGGGCGGCACGGGUGGUGCCUCAGAGUUGGUCGAUACUCCCGAGGCGAUUGGCCGUGAACGGGGCCGCAUGAAGGACUUCAUUACCAACAAACGCCUAAUGCUGUCCCUCGCUGAUGCUGGCGGCCGCAUGAUGUACAGCAUCAAAGACAUCUCCGAAUUGGCCGGCUACACGUCGCGAGUGUAUACGCUUAUUUCUACCCUGCAUAGAGUGCAUGCGAACGCCUACUACCCCCCACGAGGCUCUCAUGCGGAACUCUAUUCCCUAGCAGACGUCCAGGGUACCAUCCACAACGGGUUCGACGGUGUUCGUCUCGAGCAAGUCCCCGUCGUUGCGCCCUCUCUUUACCCGAUGGGUGGCGACGACCUCAUCGAGUCCCUGUCGUUCAUUGUACACUCUGGUGACCACCUUCUCAUCUCGGGGCCCAAUGGCGUCGGAAAGUCUGCCAUUGCCCGCAUCGUCGCAGGCCUGUGGCCCGUGUAUCGCGGGCUGGUCAGCCGACCGAGAGGAUUCGGUCUUGAUGGGGCCAUGUUCCUGCCGCAGCGACCCUACCUCAGCGUGGGAACCCUGCGUGACCAAGUAAUCUACCCCCACACCGAGAUGGAAAUGCACGAGGCCGGCGAAUCGGACGCCAACCUCCAGAAGAUCCUGGACGACGCCUUCUUGGGCUACCUCCCCGCCCGCGAGGGCGGAUGGGAUUCUCGGAAAGAGUGGAAGGACGUUCUGAGUGGUGGCGAAAAGCAGCGCAUGGCCCUGGCACGAUUAUUCUACCACGAGCCCCGCUACGCCUUCCUGGAUGAGGGGACCUCUGCGGUCUCAUCGGACGUCGAGGGUCUGUUGUAUGAAAGGGCCAAGGAGCGGGGAAUUACUCUGAUUACGAUAUCUACGCGUGCAUCCCUCAAGAAAUACCACACCUAUAACCUGACUAUUGGACUCGGAGCCGAAGGAGAGCACUGGGAAUUCGAGAGGAUCGGCACGGCGAAGGAGAAGCUGGGCGUUGAGAAGGAGUUGCAGGAGCUGCGCAAGCGUCUUGACAAGGUGGACGAGUGGAAGCAGCGUCGCGAAGAGAUUGAAAGGGAGCUGAAUAAGGUCUGGGCUCAGGAAGGCGAGUUGGCUCCACCUCCAUAUGUGGCCGAGCCGGAGGUGGUAGAGAGCCAGUAG